GAUUGGGUUACAGGACUUUAAGGGAGAAAAUGUGCUUCUACUUCUCCAUCCUACAGAGCUGCCAAAAUCCGACGCAGACAGGCAAGUCUUACUACAUCUACAUUACAGCCGCUACAGGCACGUUCUAAUGCUGCUUUAUUCCAUUUACAUCAGACUGGAGAAUGUGAAGUUCAUUUUCUGUGUCCUUUUUGUUUCUCUCUCUUUUUUUCACUAUUUAAUUUGUUCAUUACUAUUUGAUCUGUUCAUCAAAACACACAGUUAUAUAUUUAUAUCCUAUCUGUACUAUUUAGUCUGUUGAUUACUAUUUAUAUUCUAUUUUUAUAUUUAGUCUAUUCAUUACUAUUUAACCUGCUUAUUACAACGCAUCGUUAUAUUCUAUAUUGUACUAUUUAAUCUUACAAUGUAUAGAUGUUAAAACUGACGUAAUUGUGCAAUUUGAGGUGUAUUUCAUUCCUAUACAUGCAUCUGCUGUAGUUGUAUGUGUGUGUGUGUGUGUGUAUAUAUAUAUAUAUAUAUUUUAAUCUCAUUAUUUUGUUUGUUCUGGUAAGGUUACUGUGUAAUCAAUGUGUGUUAAGUAACUUGGAAAAUAAGCUAGCACCAGAGAACAAUUAACCAUAAGGCGCCCCUAGACGGCUUCUUAGGGUCCAGGGGUUAUACAGGGGCCCCGGAAACCCUGAAUUUGCUUAGCCCCAUUUACUAUACAUAUGGAAGUAAGCCUGUCUAGAGCUCAAUCUUUCUCUGGUCAGUACUUUUAGACAUAAAUCAAUAUGUGUGUGUGUGUGUGUGUGUAUAUAUAUAUAUAUAUUAGUAAUUUUAUACAUUCUAGGGAUAGUGCUUAGUUUCUGGUCAUUGAUCCUCUUUGAAACGCAAUCUAUGCUUUAGUUUGAAAAGCUGUAUUUAAAACAGUACUCCAUUGGUAAGGGUGCCUGGAACCAUGAUUUGUUUGGAUUACUGUGUUGGGGUUGGAUUCUCUUACUUGAGAUAUUUAGAUAUGUAGAUGAUGUAAAUAUAUACACAUACGUGAUCAGUGAGAGAUUUUCUGUGUGCGCAUGUUUCUCUAUUGUGUGCCUCUGCUGUCCAGCAGUGAGAGUGUUAAACAGUUUGGGUAAGCUCUCAAUGUUGCAGUGGGAUACCUAAAGGCAGGAGAACUCUCGGAGAGGAAAUGUGGGCCCCAGAAUGGAAUGACUGAUCUCUACUGUAUUCACAAUUUACAGACGACCUAUGGGGGAGCUCAUCUAAAGAAUAAAUAUAUGUAUAUAUAAAGAGAGAGAGAGGGAGAGAUAAAUAGAUAGAUAGAUAGAUAGAUAGAUAGAUAUUCAGUAUAUGGUGAACUGUGCAAAGUUUACAAAUGAACUGCGCAUUUUAAGCCAAUAUUUUCAGUCUGCAUAAUUUAUCUAGAUUAAUAUUUUUACCAUUGCAUUGUACUGAAAAAUCAUUUUGAGUCCCUUUGCGGAGAAAACUGUUAUAUUAAAAAUAAAUUAUUAAUUAUUAUUCAGCAAUUAUCACUGGUCGUAAUAAACAGAGCUAUUCAACUUUUUAACUCUCUCCCAGAAAAUGUAGCACUGCUGAUAUCACAUUCUGAUGCCUUAUGGAAUAUUCACCACAUUGAAAGAGUAGAACAGUAAUAGCCAGUCCAUCACUACUGUAUACGGCUAUAUAUAAUAUCUCGCUGGGGUUAUUUAUAGAAAUUAAUCCUGAGUAAAGUUUUAAAACUGGACCAAUCAGCAGAAACAUCCUAUUAGUUUUCAUGGUGCAUACUGAUGAAUGUAGAACCUUGAUUCGCAAGAUAUUACCGCUUCCCGUUCCAGCCUUCCUUGGACUUAGCUAAACACCAUGCUCAUUUAUUCAGUGCAAUUAAAAUGCAUACACUAUCAGCAGACUGCAGUUUACAGUUUAGCUAUUGCUGUCCUAAAAAAUACACAAAAUCCUUCUGAAAAAAAUAAUCAAUAUGUUUGCAAUAAUUCAGUCCUUUCCUUUCCAUCUGUCUCUUAGAUUGCAUUUCAUUCAUGAAUAUGAUAUUACUAUGUUCUAUGCACUGUUACUUGGCAGUUAAAUUUAUCUGAGACACUGGGGAAGGGGGGCUUCUCCUUUGUAUAGCCAUAUUAUAUACAUGCCCUGCCUCCACCUCUAUCCUAUAUCCUAUCCAGCUAUCCAAUUUAGGCAUCUUUGGUCACAAAGGGGUUCAAAUAACUGACAGCGAAAUGCCCAAUAGCAUUUACGGUGGUGGACAUUAACGAAGCAAGGAACUACCUAUCUAUGAGGUAUGUUUAAGUAUAAUCACAGUAAUAUAGUUAUCCUAUAACCGAGAGCGAAAUUCCCAGUGCCCAGCUAAAUAAGACAGCGGCUUUAUAAGUCAUUAAUUUAAUGGAGGAUCUUUAAGUAUAUACAUCAGAAUUUUAGGCUAUUGUCUGCUGUCUGGCUACCAACAGGAGGGGAAUAAGAGGGGGUCCCUUCUCCUUCCCCCUCAAAAAGCUAUAAAGAAAUCAGCUCUCGGGGGAAUUUCUCUGUUAUAGAAGAGAUGAGUUUUUCAUAGUGCUAAGCAAGUUCUAUAGCUCUUAAAUAUACAAUUUGUGUACAGCAUGUUGUAGUGGUUAUGGUUCUCUAUAUUAAAGGAACACUCCAAGUAUCAUAACCUCUACAGCAUGUUAUAGCAGUUAUGGUGCCAGGAGUGCGUAGUGCUCCCACCACAAUGGUUUUAGAUAGGUUCGUCUUCUAAACUGAGGUCCACCAGGCUCUGCUUCCUGCCUCCACUACUUCUGACAGAUAUCUGGAAGAUCUCUGUCUGAGCUAAGCCCAGUGGUACAGGGUUUAGCUCACUAACCGAGACAAACCAAUAAUGUCCCAAUUUUGAAGGGACAGUCCUGUUUCACUGUCCAAACUAUGUCCCUUGUCUUAAUUUUGGGGACACCAGUGAUCUGUCCCAGACAAGCAUAGCACAAACUCAUCAUUAGAUGUACUCGUGUUAUGUUCAGGGCACUAGGACCUUCUAGAGAGGGCACUAGAACCUUCUAGGAUCUGCCCUCGAUGGGCUGGCUUUAAAGAUGGACUGGCUGACCUGCCAGUUAUUAGAGAGGAUGAGCUAGUGAUGCAAUCACAUCACUGGGCUAACCCCUUUACGCCCUCCACACUGGCAUCCCAAUUAUUUGCACAUCAACACUCGCACCCAAUGAUCUACCCCAGCUAAGCUUUCUUCGUGAAUAGUGGAGUCAGUCAAAUUUCAGAUGAAUCGAAAUAGAGAAUGAAUUCAAACGAAAAUGUUUUCAAUGCACAUCUCUAUUACUCCCUACUUAGCAGAGAUGUAAAAAGAGAAACUGUUACGGGUGAGACUAAAAUAUUUUUUGUGGAAAAGAUUAGGAAAAGUUAUGUAUUUUGGGAAGGAAAUUCCCCCAGUAGUCACAGUUGUGCAUAUGGCACUGAUUUACAUGAAUGUUUUCCCCAUAAUUCUACUUUCCCUAUCAAACUCCCACAAACACUAUAUGUUUGUUUGCAGUUCAUGAUAUAUUGCUAUAUCUUGCACAAUCAAGAUGAUCAUGAAUUGUCUUUUUUAGAAGCUGAACUUGGGAGCUGGUUAACUGAAUUGUAAAACAGCAAGCACUGUCAUAGAAACAUGAUGCUGAAAAAAGUGGAGCUCAUUACCACAUCAGGCAGUGAUGUUAAAGGAAAGCUUUCAUCAUUUUUAAAUAUAUGUUGUAAUUUUUAAUUUGUAAAAGUUUCAUGUAGUAUUAACUAUGUGUAUUAUUUUUUAAUGCAUACCUGUUCUUACCCUUACUUCAUGACCAUCUUCCAUUCCUCUUUGGUCAGCACCAGUUGCACCACUUAUACUCCAAGACUAUGCGCAAUUUAAACAAAUAUAACUGGCCCAGAACACAUUUUUGGGAUGCCCGUCAUUAUCCAUGAACCCUUGCUCUUUAUUACCUCCUUGGUCUUACGUUGGAUAAACAUUGUUUCUGACCAAAGAGCAUUUAAAUAUGGCUGACUUGAUGGAACCAGGAGAUGGACUUAAAAGAGGUAACUACUUAUAUGGAUGCAUUAAAUAAUAAUACAUACAGAGGACGUAAUAUGUGCCAUUUUUUUUUUAAAACACUAAACAUAUUUUCAGUUUUUCUAUAAAUUUCAUGUAUAUUUUACAUUAUUCUACACAGAAUAUAGUAAUUCAGAAAACUUCUAACUUUCACAGUUAUACGCAAACCUGUUCUUGCUGCCACAGUAUGUUUAAAUUAUAGAUGCAUCAUUUUGUGGGUACAAUAUAUUCCUCCAGCAGUCAUGUGUCUACAGUACAUGUAUUACUCUACAGAGCUGUUCUUACCCCUACAGAGCUGCCUUUGUUGGCUGCACAACUCAACCUCUGUCAGCCUAGGAGAUGGGAAUGUAUGGUGUACACACGGACCAAUAAGCAGAGUCAUAAUCACACCACUAUAUUCAAACAGCAAUAGGCUCGAUGUUUUAUAAGGGAUACACACAGACAGGUUCUGUCCUUAUCCUAAUAUUUUUAAAUUCAAACAAAAUGCCAACCAUUCACACUUUUUUGUAACACAAUCUUAAAAUUCAAUAAUUAAAGGUAUAGUCUCAAAUACAAAUGAACAAAGCAAAAGAUAUAAGAGAGCUUAGAGAGGAAUUAUUUUGAAAAAGUACAUUUUUAAAUUUAUUGAUAGAAUUUCCUGCCACCAUUGUUAAAAUUUGUAACUAAAAUUUAAAUAAUAAAAUAAGUUUAUUGCCAAAAAUAAAAACAAAUGGUUAUCCUUAAUCGUCUUUCCUUUCCAACAAAAAAAAAAAUGUUGAAUCAAUGGAGACGUCAUUGUUAUUACUUAACAUAUAUGUUUUUUUUAUUACAAGCAAUGUUGUGAAAACUAGGAAAAUGUUAAUUCCCACUUUCUGCCUUAGCUACAGCCAGCUGAAAAUGAAAUAUGGCUGCUCACACUGAUCUUAAGUUACUGCCGUUAUAUGUGGGUUAGCUAAGAUUACAACUGCACACAUUAAAACAUCUGUGACAACUGUGCUACACAUUUUAUAAAAUAAAUUCAGCGUUGUUUAUUUUUUCAAGUUUAAUUACUCUUUAAUAGAAGUCAUUUAAACCAUCCAUUCCCUGAAGGGAAAGGAAAGGAGGGCCCAUUCAGUCUGGAUCUUACUGUGUAGAUGUUAGUAAAUGAGUACAAAACAUAUACUUUAUGUUGUGUAUAAUACUCUUUAUUUGCAAACCUAAAUGUACAAAUAUAUAUAUUUGAACAGGGCCACUGUUAUCUAAUUAGGUGGAAGUGUGUUUUAGUUUUGCUCUCCUGAUGCAGUUAAAUCCAGAUGUAUGAAUUUUCCCCCUAUAUGUUGAAAUACCCCCCUCUGAGUUUAAUGACAAAAUGAUGUGGUUUCUUACGUGUACAACUGACCUACGCUGAAAAUGAGUACAGUGUCCAGUGUGGAUUGUUAACAUAUACUGUCAGUUUAGGGGCCGUAAUUAAACCCAGAUGUUGCACAUAAGCAUCCUAUAAUUCAUGUAACUGUCGCUGUGGGGUUGGUGGGCUUGUCCUGUGAAAGAGUUUUUUUUCAAGGUUUAACCAUUAAUGGAGCAGUAUUAUAACAGCGUCUAUGUGUCUGCCUGCCUGUUAGUCUAUCUAUACACACAGUCACUUUGUAUUUUUAUAUUUGAAUAGUCAUAAAGGGUUCUAUCUGAGGGCGUAUUUUUUUUGUAUUUUUUUUUAAGCAAGUGAUGUCAUUUGAACAAACUAGCAAACAGCUUACAGUGUGUUUUCAACUGCCCAGUAAUAUGUGAUAUGGGAGUAAACUGUGUGUAGGCCACGUAAACAUUUUGCCAACUGAAACAUUAAAAAUAUAACUGUGCCUUUGUUUACAGGAUAAGACACUUACAUUAUCUGCGUUAAUAGUCAAACAUAACCAUGGUUCAGGUCAAACAUAUUUGCUGCAUUGGUGCUGGGUAUGUUGGUGGACCAACAUGUACGGUCAUAGCCCAGAUGUGUCCCGAAAUCACAGUUACGGUGGUGGAUAUUAACGAAGCAAGGAUCCAAGCUUGGAACUCGGAGGAACUACCUAUCUAUGAGGUAUGUUUAAGUAUAAUCACAGUAAUAUAGCUAUCCUAUUUAGGCAUCUUUGGUCACAAGGGGGUUCAAAUAACCGAGAGCGAAAUCUUGGAUUUACAAAGUCAGCAGCUGAUGUCAUGGGUCAUGUCAACAUAAAAGCUCCACAAAGAAAUGUUCCAAGAUAUAGUCGAAAGCUCUCCUUGAAUAUUGCAAGUUAAUUUCAUGGCAUUGCAGAGACCAACCCAUAAUGUUGGAGUGAUAUUUAAAAGGAUGAAAAGUAAAGGAAUACAAGGAAUCCAUGCCUAUAUCCACAAUGAACAAAUGUACGCAAUUGUUCGACUAUGCAGUGUCCAUUUCAAUUCUGCCAUAAGGCACUGUAUAGAAAGAUUAAAUAUAAUUGUAAUAAUUGAAAUUUAUAUAAUUAAGUUGUGAAGACAUGAACAUGCCAUUCAAACGUAAAGUAUACAGACUGUAAAAUAGUAAGGAUUCUUGUUAUGGUAUCCAUGGCCUCACAUCUAGGUGCAUAAUCAUUGUGGUGUAUAAGAAAUGCAAUGCUAGGACUUUUUAUAUACUUUAACAUCUGCAUUAAGCAGUGACACGGGUCUGUAGGUUUAGUAAAGUAUAGGGUCUUUCCUUUCUUUAGAUAUUACAUAUAUCCCAGCGGGUAGAGAACAAUCCGAGAGUGGCGUAAUCACGUUGUGGGAUUUGUAAAGUUGAAAUGACGGUGUAUGUGGGAUGGGGCCUAUAUGACCCUAUGGCUGUGAUGAUAUUAUCUAAAGAAGUAACGGCACCCAGCAAUAGUGUCCUCCAGAUACUUGUUUAACUGAUUAAGAAAGUUUAAAGGAAGUAUUUUAUAAAAUUAUGAAAUGGUCAUAUACAUUUUUAUAAUGUAUACAACAACAUUUGUACAUAAGGACCCAUACAUCAUACAUUUAAAUAUUUAAUAAUUAUUGUCAGGUUGUGAGGUUUGUGUGAUUAUGAGAAUUAUGAGACUAAUAUAUUUUAUGCACAAAAGGAUGCCUCCAAAUCACUAUUAAAUCUCAGCACAUCUGCAGUGCAUAGCUCUGUGGGUGCGGCAUUGCAUUGCAAGUCCGUAAUCAUAAUAUUGUGAAGCAUUUAAUAAAUCCCAUUGGAAACACAUUAUUUCUUAUGCAGAAUAAACCACUGUAAAAUUAAAAUACCCUGAAAUAAUAAACGAUGUGUAAUGGUUGACCUUCUCAAUAUAGUCCACACCCUGUUACUACUUAUUAUGAUGAAGAGAUCUGUGGAAUGGUGUAAUUCUGAGUCAGGGGAGACGACAGCACUGUCACAUUCUGUAACUUUUUGAAAAGAUAUAGCUAUCUGAUUAGUAAUGUCAUCGCCAAGAGUCAUAAUGUUGUGAAUCCGUAAGACGUGCAGUCAAGACAGGAAAAAAAUGUUCAAUUGGCUAGUGCACUAGUGGUGGUCUGUUAGCUGAUGGGUCAAUUGCAGAGUCACAGGGUAAACUCGGUUGUUAAAGGACCACUAUAGGCACCCAGACCACUUCAGCUCAAUGAAGUGGUCUGGGUGCCAGGUCCAUCUAGGAUUAAACCUUUUUGCCUUUUUGCUGUAAACAUAGCAGUUUCACAGAAACUGCUAUGUUUACAAAUGGGUUAAGCCAGCCUCUAGUGGCUGUCUCAUUGACAGCCGCUAGUGGCGCUUCCGCGCUUCUCACUGUGAUUUUCACAGUGAGAAGACGCAAGCGUCCAUAGGAAAGCAUUGAGAAUGCUCUUGCCGCGCAUUCAACCGAUGACAUCAGAAGAGGGAGGAAAGUCCCAGCACCGAGGGAGCCCGGUGCUGGAAAAAAGGUAAGGGAUUAACCCCCUUCGUCCCCCUUCAGCGCACUACGUGAUGCAUAAGAAAAUUUUAGUUGUCCAAACAAAUGAUAUCUUCUUAUUCUCUCCUUGUCCUAAGCCUUGCCUUCAAGAUGUAGUGGAAUCCUGCAGAGGGAAGAAUCUUUUCUUUUCAACUAACAUCCCUGAUGCCAUCAGAAAUGCUGACAUGAUAUUUAUUUCGGUGAGUUACUCUACAGAAAUGGAAUUCAGCCAUUGGUCGCCCUAUACUCUAUAUUAGGUGUGGUUUUUCAGUUUUUUUUUUCAAUUACACCUGCUGCACAGUGUGGAAUUUGUUUGCACGUUAUACUUAAUAACAAUAAUAAUAAUAACUAUGUGUGACAAUACAGGAAAAUCUAUAUCAUCGUUUUAUAUUUUUAGUACACAUAUGUCAACAUGUUUCAUAGGAGAAAGACGCACAAAUAUCUGUGAUAGUGAAACACGUGAAAUAAAAAUGUCAGUGUGUACACCAACUAUUCCUCACCCAAGGGUACAAAUUGGUCUAUAAUUUUUUAAAUGCUCUGUUAUAUUCCAAUAUUGAAGAUAAUAAAAAAGAUAGAACAUGGGAUGCCAAUACGCCAACCACCAUGACUACUUCUAGUUUUAGAAGUAGUCAUGGUGCAAGCAAUCUGUAUGUGUAACAUUUCCGCUUUUUUCAGAUAUUACUCAUUUUGUGCACAGAGUGUAAUUAAACACUGGACAUUUGUGAUUGGUGUGAAUCCUAUGCAAAAAUUACAUCCAUCCUCAGCACGUACUCUGCACAUAAUUGGCUUCUUCACUUGCAGGCAGUGCUGUGAGCCCACCUGCAUGUAGAAGCCUGUACAUACGGUGUGCAUGUGGCUUGCUAAUACUUGUCAAAUUGUUGGCUCAACCCCUCUUUAUUACUGGCUUUUCCCCUCCCCUUGUUCACCCCCCACCGCCAUCUGUACAGUCCUCCCUCCUCCUCCACAGCAAAUAAAAAAGGGUGGGCUUUAGCAGUGAGAUGAGCUUCUAUAUGAGAAGCAUUUGAUUGGACAAUGAACAGGAAGAGGAUGACACUGCGUAACGACAGAGGAGGCGGGAAAUCGAUCAUGGAGAACUUGGCCUGGCGAUGGAUUCUAGGUAAGUUUAAAAAAAAUAUACAAGUGCAAAGUGCCCAUAAGUUGAGCUAGAUAAAAGAAAGUGAAAAAUAUGGUUAGAUUAACCCUUUAAGGAUAUCUUUGAAAAGUUAGCUAUGCUUCCAGUUAAGGUACUCUGGCCUUGAUUGUGAAUUCUCACUUAAGUACUGCAAAUAACCCUGAUAAGAUAUAUUACUAUAGAUUAUGCUGAUACUUUAUACCGAAUUUAAACAUGUUUUAUCUAUUUUGUGUAAUAUUUACCUACAGGUCAACACUCCCACCAAGAUGUUUGGGAUGGGAAAGGGGAGAGCAGCUGACUUGAAGUAUGUGGAAGCCUGUGCACGUCAAAUAGCAGACAUAGCUGAUGGUUACAAAAUUGUGGUAGAAAAAAGCACUGUGCCAGUCCGAGCUGCCGAAAUUAUCCGCAGGAUCUUUAAAACAAGCACCAAGCCCAACCUCUCCGUCCAAGUAAGUAAGAGAUUAGGAUCAUCAGUAGCAGGACAAAUCUUUUUAUGAGAACCGUAUAAAGGAUCAUCCAGGAAUACUGGGUAUAAAACAGUUUGUUACAGUAAAUCAUUCUAGACAUUUCCAGUUUUCAAGAAAUAUCUUGGAUAACUAGUUUAUUUUUUAACCAGAAAGAGUUGUUCUUGGUAAAAUUGUAUGUGUGUAUAUCUAAAAUAUCAGCUGAUCACCAGGGUCGGAAUAUAGGGGCUGAUUGAGCUAAAGCUCCAGGCCCAUGCCCAUCAAAUAGGCCCACUGAUUUAAAAAACAAACAAACAAAAAAAACUGUUUUUUACUGCUUUUUACAUGCAAUUGGUUUGUGUAGAGGGAUCUAAAGAGACAAUACAGACACAAAACAAUUUUAGCUUAACAAAGGUUUAUAGAUCAUUUCGCUGCAGUCUCACUCCACAAUUCUCUACCGUUUAGCAGAUAAAAUACUUUGUUUAUGCGGUCUAAUUACAUCUCUCUGCAUGUGACUUACACAGCCUUUCUAAACACUUCCUGUAAAGAGACAUCUAUUUUUUUAUUUUAUUUUUUUAUUGCACAGUCUGUUUAAUUUAGAAUUUAUAAAUUAAAGCCUUCUAGGACAUGCAGAAGACUUUAGCAUGUAAUUAAAUGUAAUGGAAAUAUACAUUUCCUAAGUUAACAUCUGACUGAAAAUUAAAUAAUUUUUUUCCAUGUAUGCUGUGUGAGUCACACAGUGUGGCUUGGGUUGCAUAAGCAGAAUCUAAAGUGAUUAAACGACUAAACGGCAGAGAGUUGAGCAGUGAGACUGAAUGUGAAUGAUAUAUACACCAAAGCUGCUUCAUUAAGCUAAAUUAGUUUUUGAGCCUAUACUGUCCCUUUAAGUAUCAAAAAUUAAGAGGGAUGUACGGGGACAAAUGUUGUGUGGACUGUCUCUAGCAAGUCUCAUUUCUUCUACACUCACAAUAUUCUCUAUCCCAGACUGCAUACCAGGAGCUUGCCUGCUAGUAAGAAAGUAUGGAGAAAAAUAGACAACAGCAAGCGCAUCACAUUUGCGUCACGCUCGGAGCGCUGUUAGCAUAUAAAUUCUUAAUGCAGACCCACCCCUUUUCCUGGAAUGUCUGCCCCUUUAGGCGUUGCCGGUUAAGUGAUUUGCAUCAGUGGUUCACCCUUUUACCAUGUCCACCAAUGUCCUGUUUCACCAGAUGCUGCUGUUAGGGGAUAUAGAUUUGGUAGAGAAAUUAAAGAAAGAGGAUAUGUGUUUUCUUAUAGCUGCAUCCUGUGACUUUCUCUCCAGCACCACCUCCACCAGAUACAUGACAUUUAGGUGGUAUAACUGUUUUAGUGUUUUCUGUUGAUAAGAUUAUGUAAUUAGGCCCAUUGUGAUUGUCUACACCAAUUGGCUCUUAAUUCCACCCUGCUGAUCACCAUGAUGAUGUCUAACUGAAAAUUGUGGAGAAAUGAUGAAUGAUUUAAGGUUCUUAGCCCUCUGUUUUUAAAAACAGCCAGUUAUGCUUGGAUCUAUUUGGUGUUCAUAUAUUCCUGGCCUCUUACUCUUCAUAAUAGGUACUUUCUAAUCCAGAAUUCCUGGCAGAAGGCACAGCCAUUGAAAAUUUGAAGAAUCCAGACCGAAUUCUUAUCGGAGGUGAUGAGACUGCUGCUGGUCGGGAGGCUAUUGCAGCUCUUAGUGCAGUUUAUGAGCACUGGGUUCCAAAGAGUAAAAUAAUAACUACCAACACCUGGUCAUCUGAGCUCUCCAAGUUGGUAAGACCUUGUUCACUUUCACUAUCUGUGUCUUUUUGUGCAACCUUUUAUUGGUUCCCCGCUUCAUACUGCUCCAUGCCAGAACUCUCUCUUUCAGCUAUGUUUAUAGAUUAUGUGUUUGUGCAUUAGUCCAACAUCUUUAGAAAUGGCCAAGGAAAUGGAUUUGAAACCUUGAUUUAACACUGUUAUAAGAAUAGUGACAUCAAAGUGCAAUUAUUACCUAAUGAACAGGUAAUAAUCCAGGUAAUUACCACUAUGCACUUCUAGGGUCAUAAUCUAUGGUCACAACCUGGGCAUGCAUGUGCGAAAUUAGUGUGCGAUACACUUCCAAGCAACAAUUGCCUCAAUUUUAUGUUUUGGGUCACUACAAGUAAUGUAAGCUGCUUUAUAGGCAUGCCCCUAAUAGGCUUGCCUUAACAGGACAUUUUACUGUAAAUUUACAGGAAAUAAUUAAAUUUGUAUUAACUUCUGUAAAAAAAAUGUCAGACAGACAGACAGACAUAGAUAGAUAGAUGGAUUCUUUUGCAAUGUUUCCAAUGUUGCACAGUGCGAAAAUUGUCUUCUGACCUCUUUUCAGGCAGCUAAUGCUUUUCUGGCUCAAAGAAUUAGCAGCAUUAACUCGAUCAGUGCGCUCUGUGAGGUUACAGGCGCAGAUGUAGGAGAAGUAGCACAUGCCAUUGGUACUGAUCAACGCAUUGGACGACCAUUCCUACAAGCAAGUAUUGGUAUGUAUAGAAAAUAAAUAAAUCAGAUAAUCUUAGAAUACAUGUAUUUUCCUGACAUAUGGUGGCAGUACAAUAGGGAUGUACUCUUCCCUCGGGACAAGCAUCUGAAAUAAAUAAUUAACAUAAAAAGUACCUCCCCUUACCAGGUAUAAGAGACCCAACCAGCCCAGGGACCUCAGUUCUCUUUCUUGUUCCAACAGGAACGGACGGCAUCUGGAAUAUGGAUGGUGAGGCACAUGGGUUGCUGCCAGGGGCAUCUGGUCUGAUAGCCUCCCGGGUGGAGAGCUGAAUGGCCAGAAAACAUCCUGCAGAUUAUACGGAGCAGGUAUGUAAGCCGCUUUUAUGCCGAGUGCAGUCACCGGCAAAGCAGGGAGGCGGUCUCUAGUGGCAGCAAAUCACUGCCCGUUGGAGACGCACGCCCAGGUGGUUUGGUGUUCCACCGGAGUUCCGACCAAGCUAUUGCGCAUGCGCGGUCUGAACUCCCCGAAAUGGCGCCAAAUUUAAAGCGGAUCUGCCUAUUUAUGCUGAGCAGAUCUUCAUGUCAGCAUGGAUGCUCGGCAGUGAAGGUCUCCCGUGUCACCAGCCCCCCCACAUGGGUCAGAGGUUUUAGAGGUUUGAUUCUUUAGACUCUCAUCUUUAAAACUCUCUCUAUAUUUUUUUUUUAUUGUUUCUACAAAAGGAUUUAUUGCUUAUGUAUUACAGAUAUGUCUAGUCCUGUCUCUACUGAUAAUAUGGAUGAAGACAAAGUGCCUGCACCUGCUUCUAAAAAAGCCAGUUCCAAAACUAAACAUCUCUGUUGUAGUGAAUGCUCUACUCCUUUACCAGAUGGGUUUAAAAGGAAAGACAAUGUUUGCUCUUCCUUGACGCUAGAAAAAUCCAAGCAACAAGAGAUGAAAUCCUUUUUGUCUUGGUUUCAGGAUAAUCUGGCCCAGACUUUUGAGUCUUAUAAAGAUCCUGCUCACACUUCUCCUGUAAAAGCUACUAAACAGAAGUCUAAAAGGAAGAGAACUCCAUCUAGUUCAGAACUAUCCUCGGGUGAAUGUUCUUUUUCUUAUUCAGAAUCCUCUAGCGACUCUUCUAUUUCUGAGGUUGGAUUUCCUCAUGAUGAGUUGAGAAAAUUUAUUAAAGAGGUUAAUGUUAUCCUUUCUGAUGAAACGGUAGAUAAAUCCAAGGAUAAAACACUGCCAGUCCAACAAAAAAUGCUGGAUUUUAUAUUCACAGAAUGGAAGAACCCUGAGAAAAGGGCUUUUGUCUCCAGACAUUUUAAAAGUGGCUCAAUUGUCUAAAAAAACUACCAUACCUAUUGGUGAAGUUUCUGGUCUGAAAGACCCCAUGGAUAAGAGGGCUGAAACUUCCAGCAGAAGGGCUUAUCAGGCUGCAGGUUUUCAGGCUAAAGCAGCAUUAGCCGGGGCUUCAGUGGUGAGAGCUCAGAAUCUUUGGCUUAACACUUUGGAAGAUGGUCUGGGUGAUAACCAAGACAAAGGUCUUUCCCUCCUGUUCCAGAAUUUAAGGUUGUCUAAUGAGUACCUUAUGGAUAUUGUCACGGAGGUAAAAAAGCUUUCGGCUCGUAUAAUGGGUUUGACAUAUGUGGCCCAAAGGGCACUGUGGCUUAAAGCCUGGACAGCAGAUACUGCAUCAAAAGCUGCAUUGUGUGAACUGCCUUUGGAGAAGAAAAAAUCCAAGAUUUGACACAAAAAGACCCUAAGUCUGACAGAAACAAACGUUUCUGACGCCAUCAGAGUGGGCGGAAGGAUGCAAGGUUUUGUUCACAGAUGGAGGGAGACCACUGGAAAAUGGAUACCGAAUAAAAUUCUUAGAUGUUCCAAGACCGUGUUUCCUUGUCUCCUCCUACCGGUCGAAGUUAAAAAAUCAAGCCCUUUUUUCUGCCACGGUCUCCCUAUUAAGAAAAGGUGUGGUAGAAAGGAUUCCAACUUCCCAAGUAUAUCAAGGGGUAUACUCCAGGUUGGCUCUAGUCCCAAAACUGGACAUGUCUUUUCGUCCAAUCAUGGAUCUAAAAAACCUGAACAAACUUGUAACCGCAUGUGGUUCCCUUAUUUACCACUAUAAUGUCUUAAAGCAUUCCUUACCAACAUUUCAGAAUGGAGACUAUAGCGUCUGUCACCCAUAUCCUUCGAAAAGGAGAUUUCAUGGCAACUUUGGAUCUAAAGGAUGCCUACCUGCAUAUUCCUAUGGAUGUGAAAUCAAGAAAAUACCUGAGGUUUGCUAUAAGGAAAGGGAAAAAGGUCCAUCAUUUCCAAUUCAAAGUCCUUCCAUUCGGGCUAGCUUCAGCACCCAGGAUUUUUACAAAGGUCCUCACACCGUUCACAGCUUUUUUAAGGAUGCAAGGAAUCACAGUAGUACCUUACUUGGAUGACUGGUUAAUAAAGGCAGAUACAAGAGGUGCUCUAGAGUCAGAUGUGGCCUAUACGCUAGAAAUCCUGGAAGAACAUGGUUAGAUUAUCAACCUAGAAAAAUCACACCUUACCCCUACGAGGUCUAUCUUGUUUCUAGGGUUUUUGAUCAAGUCGGAGUCUCUGUCGGUUCAUCUGACAAGAGAAAAGAGAAAAAAGAUAAAGAUUUUAAUAAAAAACCUUCUUCGGAUGUCAGAAUGUUCGGUGAGGAAAGCCAUGCAGGUUUUAGGUCAUCUGACCUAAAUUCCGGCAGUAAAAUGGGCCAGAGCGGAAUCAAGGCCCAGUGGGAAAUUCUUGUCCAAUGGUCAAAGAAGGAAGAAGACUUGGAUGCUUUAAUGAGUAUAUCAGAUCAUACAAAAGAAAAGAUCUCUUGGUGGCUAGUGAAAAAAUUCAUUACAGAAGGCCUGUCUUUUCGUCAAAAAUCUUGGAUUGUGAUUUCUACAGACACUUCAAAUACAGGUUAGGGGGCUCAUCUCCUGUAUCACUUAAGACAAGGUGUUUGGUCAAAAAAGGAAACAAAGGAAUCUUCAAAUUUCAGGGAGUUGUUGGCAGUUCUCUAUGCUCGUCAGCAGUUCAAGGAUUUCAUUAUAGGAAAAGCUGUAAAGAUCCAGUCGGACAAUCAGACUACAGUCUCCUACCUAAACAAACAAGGCGGUACAAGAGUAAAAAUGUUUUAUUUCCUUUGCUCACGGAUUAUGUCCUGGGCUCAAAGUCAUCUAGACGACAUUUCCGCCAUUCACAUUCGAGGAGUAGACAACGUGGUAGCGGACGAUUUAAGCAGAUCAAAAUGGUCCCAGAACGAGUGGUCUCUCAAUCCAGAAAUUUUCGCUCAUCUUGAGAAGAGAUUCAGUCUGCCAGUCAUAGACCUUAUGGCAAGAAGAUCAAAUGCAAAAGUAAGAUCGUUUGCCUCCCUCUUCAAGGUAGACAAGCUGCUGGUAAUGGAUGGUCUUUCGAUCCGGUGGGAGUUUCCCCUUGCUUACAUUUUUCCCCCAGUGAGCCUUGUCCCAAGGAUUCUGCAAAAGGUAACAUCAGAUCAAGCUCGUAUUCUGGCCAUAAUGCCGUACUAGCCAAACCGCAGCUGGUUCUCGGUUUUAAAGAAGAUGGCUUUAAAGUACUGGAUUCUUCCGGUAACACCGGAUCUUCUGGAAAACAAGGGAAUUCCAGUAGAAGUAUUGAACAUGUUCAUGCUGACGGCUAAUUCUGCAUAAUAGGGGCAUUAAAGAAGAGUGGUUUCAGUUACUGUUAAAUUCUACCUGAAGCUCUACUUCUAUCUACUUACAAAUUUGGACGAGAUUUCUUCACUGGUGCAUAUCUCAUCGUUGCAUAGGAUCCUCUCCUUCUACUGAUACUAUCCUUCAUUUUUUUGCAAGAUGGUCUUGCUUAAGGUUUUAGUCUGUCUACCCUAAAAGUCCAAGUUUCCGCUCUCAGUCAUUUUUUGGUUAAAAAUUGGGCUUCUGAUCCUCUCAUUAGGAGAUUUUUUAAAGCUGUUAGACUCGUAAAGCCUCCUAAGAAAAUCUGUUUUCCCUCUUGGGAUUUGUCUUUAGUUUUGAAAUCUCUGUGUACUGAGCCUUUCGAACCCUUGGAAGAAGCUUCAUUGAAAAAUCUGUCCCUGAAAACCGUGUUUUUGGUGGCCAUUACUUCGGCUAAGAGGAUAGGGGAGCUCCAGGCCCUUUCUUCCUCUCCUGCCUUUACAAAACUUCUUCCGGAUAAAGUGGUUAUGUACCCUAAGCCUUCCUUUCAUCUCCUCCAAGGUUAUAAACCAACCUAUUUUUCUUCCUUCCUUUAAUGGUCCAUCUAUGCCAGAUUAGAAAUUUGAUUGGAGUCAACUAGAUGUGGGUAGAUCUCUGAAAAUCUACUUGGACCGCUCCUCUACGUAUAGGAUGACUGAUCAUCUAUUCAUGAAUUUCUUUGGAAAAUUUAAAGGCCAAGUUGCCUCCUAGGCCACUUUAGCUAGAUGGCUGGUGGAUACUAUUAAAUUGGCUUAUUCUUCCUCGUAUCUACCUCUGCCUGCCUCCUUGAAAGCACAUUCUACUAGAGCCAUGGCUGCCUCUUGGGCCGAAAAGGCGUGUGCCUCUCCGGAAGAUAUAUGCAAGGCGGCUACCUGGUCUUCUUUCAACACUUUUGUCAAGCAUUACAGGCUAGACAUAUUCUCUGCCUCGGACGCUGAUUUUGGGCAUACGGUGUUACAAGCUGUUAUUGCCUAACUUCCCGCCCUUAGUAUGGGAUCUCGAUAUAUCCCUAUUGUACUACCACCAUAUGUCAGGAAAAACUGUAAUUUUACUCACCGUAAAUUCCUUUUUCCUUAAUAUGGUGGCAGUACAUCACUCCCUCCCUUUAUGUAUAUAUAUUAUAUUUGGGUGUUUUAUGGAUUCACUGAGGUGUUCUUGGUACGUACUGAGGUCCCUGGGCUGGUUGGGUCUCUUAUACCUGGUAAAGGGAGGUACUUUUUAUGUUAAUUAUUUAUUUCAGAUGCUUGUCCUGAGGGAAGAGUACAACCCUAUUGUACUGCCACAGUUUUUAUAAUUGUUAUUGUUUAAAGUGCCAACAAAUUCUGAACACACAGUGCAACAAAUGAGACAUACAAUUAGCUGUGACUAAACAAGUUAAACAGAAACUGGAGUAGCGGAGGUCCAGACACAAAGAAGGUUACUGUCUACAGGGAGGGAGGUUUUAUGUUAUAGAAUAAGCCACAAUAUUUCCAAUUAAUUCCCAAGAGCACAGUGGCAUGCAUAACUCUUAAAUGGAAGAAGUUUGAACCAACAUGGACUUUUUCUAGUCAAACUGAGCAAUAGGGAGAGAAGGGCUUUGGUAAGAGAAGUGACCAAGACCCUGAUGAUCACUGUGGGUAAGUUCCAAAGAUCAUGUGUGGAGGUGGGAGAAACUUGUGGAAGAACAACCAUCAUUGCAACACCCCCCUGAUCUGGUCUUUAUGGCAGACUGUCCAGAUAGAUGCCUCUCCAUACUGUGAGACACAUAAAAACCUGCUGUCAAUUUGCCAAAAGCACCGAGAAAAAAGAUUUUCUGGUCUGAUAAAAUGAUGAUUGAACAGUUUGACAUCAAUUCAAAGCAUCGUGUCUGAAGGAAACCAGACAUUACUCCUCAAUUUGCGCAAUAUCAUCCCAACGUUAAAGGAUGGUAGUGGUAGCAUCACGCUUUGGGGAUGUUUUUUUGUGGCACGGACUGAGAGAGUGGUCAGGGUUGAAGGAAAUCUGAACACAUGAAAAUAAUGAGAUACCCUUAAUGAAAACUUUGUCCAGAGUGUUUAGGACCUAAGACUGGGGUCAAGCAGAACAAUAAACAAUGACCCUAAGCACACACACAAGACAAUACAAGACUGGCUUAUGGACAACUGUAAAUAUCUUUAAGAGCCUGGACCUGAACCCAACCUUUAUGAGGAGAUGCUGAUUGGCCAGUGCAGUGUUUGUCUCCACCCCAACCCGCCUCAUUGGUUGAGAUCAUCAGAGUUGUAGAUCUCAGCCAACCCAAUGCUUUUUAAUAGGAAAGCAUUGGGUUAACUGAGAUAAUCAACUCUGAUGAUCUCAGCCAAGGAGGUGGGGUGGGGGACAAAGCCAGCGCUGGAAUAAAAGUGAGUUUUCAAGUUAUUUAAAGAGGACAAGAGGGGGACUGCAACCUAAAUAGUUAGUUUAACACUAUAGGGUCAGAAAUACAUGUUUGUAUUCCUUACGUUAUAGUGUUGCUUUAAGAUUGCUGCUGACUGAUAGUCUACAUCCAAGAGCUUGAGAGGAGAUUAAUUACAUAAAUCACCCAAAUUCAGGUGUGCAAAGCUUAUCACAUCAUGACCAAAAAGAUGUGAGGCUAUAAUCACUGCCAAAGGUGUUUCCAAUUAAAUACUGAGCUAAGGGUCUGAAUACAAUUUGUAUCACAUUUAUUUUUAAAAUCAGAAUACAAACUGCUUUUUGAAGUGCAUGUAUGAGAGCAGCAGUUUCCAAUUACACGUGGUUUCCAUAAAAAAAAAUUUUAAAUCCUGUUCACAUAAACCUCAUAAAGAAGUGAAUUUACAUCUAUUUGGAAAGUCUGUUCAAAUAUGUACAAAUAUAUUUACUCCCUUUGGUCUCAGCACUUCUUGUAAAAUGGAUUUAUAAUCAAUUUUCUUACAUUUAAUUUUAUUACUUUUCUUCUCUCUCUAUAAAAUUCCAUCCAUUCUUCUGACAUUAUGUGAAAUAAAUGACGAUGUAUACUUGUAUGAUGUAAAUGAACUGAUGUUUAUUAUAACACUAUUUCUUGUGCCAUGCUCUGUCAUAAACCAUAUCUUUUUUUAGGCUUUGGUGGGAGCUGUUUCCAGAAAGAUAUUCUGAAUCUGAUCUACAUGUGUGAGACCCUCAGUCUACAUGAAGUAGCCAUGUACUGGCAGCAGGUACUAUUUAAAGGGAUACUCGAAGCACCAUAACAACCUUUCUUUGUUAUUUUAUUUUGCACUGUUUCACUCAAAUCACAGGAGAAGUCAUGUCGCUGUCUGCUCAUACAAGAACUUGUACUAUCUUGUCAGGCUGUACAGGAGUUUUUAGAAGAUGUCAUCUCUAUUGCAUAACAAGGACUGGGUACUCAGCUGAAGUUCUGCAGAUUUAUUGGACCGCACUGCAGCUCCAAUACGAGAGCCAGGCUCCAGUGUUGGAGUCGAAAUGUUGCUGCAUGGUCCAAUGCUUUUGUAUCUUGUGAGCUUGUAGGUUGACGCUGCUCUAGUUUAUGUAGUAUGCUAUGACAAGUUCCUGCAAUAAAAUGUUGUGCCUUCUGUUUUUGUAAUACUACAGCAUAAACCUGAUAACUGUACUACUGCUCCCAGAAAUCCUUGCUGUGCCUAAAGAGCAGAGAAAAUGCAGAGAAAUACAUCCUAACUUCAGCACUGCCAUAGAUAGAAGAAUCAUAUUUGGUGGAGUCACAUUCACAAACCUCCCAGCUGCCCAAAUCUGGCAUGGCAGACCUGAAUAGGGAUGCCUGUUCGACUGCGUUUUCCUGUCCUGCUUUGAGACACAGACAGAGAAAAGUUGCCAUACAGCACAUAAUUAGCACCAUUAAUAUUAAUUAUAGCUGCACAGAAGUAUUUCUGGCUAAUUUGGUCCAUACAAGAAAAUAUUUUCAGUGCUUUGCACGUGGACAGACCUAUUUAACCAAACUGUAGGGUUGAUUGUCAAUAUGCAGCAAAUGAGCCCUAGGGUAACAUACCUUUUAAAUCCAAAGGACACUACUUGAUACUAAUUCUUCUAAACCUGUUGGAUCACACUCUCCUUCUCCAAACUCCUCACACCUUUUUGCCUUCAUGACACUGUAUCAAAGUUAUAGUAAUCCCUAAUCCCUCGCUUUUUGAGGUGUUGCGGUCCAACCUCUCAAAUGAGUAAACAAAAUAAGCAAAUAACAGUACCUAAGAUGUAAAGUAAAAUACCAAUCUUCUUUAUUCUCCCAUGUAUGAGUCGUGAAAUACAUUCGGCAGCAUGCAAAGUAGCGGUACAACAAAUUCCAGCAGUCUAUGUGUUUCAUACCCUUGUACUUUUUAUUUUAUUUUGUAUUAUUACAGCAGGCAUAUUUUUAUUUUCAUAAUGCAAGAUAUAUGUCAACAUUGUGCAGGUUAUAGCAAAAAGUCGUGUUCGUCUACGCAGAGGCACAGUAUGAUAGCAGAUGAUAACCAUGUAACAGUUUAACAGUGCAUGUGUGUGCUUAGUUAACAUGUUAUAGCCAUGAAGCAUUAAGCACAACUGCCUUUAAUUUAACCAAUGAUGUCGGGAUGGUGACGUAUUGUAGCUAUGACAGGGGGCGUAAGGCCAGCGUGGUGACUGUGUAACUCUAUUGGUGCCAUAUGGCUGGUGCGUUAGCUUGUUGGUUUAACUCAGGUCUUAAUUGGGCCCUUACAUUUAUGUUGACUGCUCGGCAUAAAUUAUCAUCAUUAAUUAUCUGUGAAGAUAGGCAGGUAGAACGGCUUAAGCUGUGAAUGCUAUAGUGCACCGCAGAUUAAAUUAAUAUGGCCUUUUUAUAAGAUAUGAGGCCUUAUAUCAAAUUACGCCUAUAGAUAUAAAUGGGCCACUGAGUAGCAAAGAUGCUAAAACUUUGGCUCGUACAGAUAUUAAACAGCUUGUACGUAGUUAACCCCUUGUAUUAGGUUGAUGUCAUGAGGCCGUGAGGAGUCAGAGCUGUUUGUCUUGUAAUGGUACCUUGAAAAUUAUGGUGCAGGCAUGCAGUGUUAGGAAAUGCUGAAAAAUUAGGUUCAGUAGUAGGAUUAACAACAAUAUAUGAGUAGGUUAAUAGUAACUUUUAGGAUGGUGUCUGGAGAGCGUCUAAGUACGGAGCACAAUAUAAAAGUUCCUAUUAUAGAUUCCGGAGCUAGGUGUUCCAUCCACACAGUGCAUGCAAGUCAGAAGGUUGUGUGGUCUGGCCGGCUGCAUGAGAUUAGUGCUGGGUAUGACCCUUGUAGGCCCAUGAAGUGUGUGGAAUGUCCGGGUCACCCGAACAGGUCAGGGAGCAGUCAGCGCCACACAGUACCCCAGGGCACCAGUCCGGUCCCCCAGCUCAGGCCGCCCCCCAUAAGCACCGUGGCCCGGUGGGCACUCAGGGACUACAUGUGCUCCAGCGCCCCCGUCCCCCCAAGAGUCCGCUCACCCAGUGUCCCCUGCACCUCCCCCGAACCCUCGGUACCACGGUAGGUACAUGGAUCGCUCUGCCUGUCUCACCCAGCGCCGGCCGCUACUAUAGGACAGGGGAUGUACAGCCUCUCAGCCACCGUUCCGCUGGAGGCGCGCAGUACCCAUCCCCGUCGGGCUUGCAGUGGUGGGGACAAGUUCCUCCAGAUGGCCACCUCAUCCGAAGGUCGAGCUGCCAUGUUGUCGGCUCAUGGGCCGUCCGGGCGGUCCGCCCAAGGCCCGGCCACCGCGGGGCCAAAGGUGAGCGCUGGGCAUCCCCUCGUGCACAGGCUGGUCGCCCUCCGCUCCACUCUUCUGGCAUGUCUCACUUAGGCAGCCUUUGCCAGUUUGGGGGAUCGGCAUGGGCCGAGGUCAGAGGCUCCUGCCUCGGUGUGUGUAUCCCCCACGUGGCCGGGGUUACCACCGCCAGCCGGGGGGGGGGAAGCGGGGCCGUGCCCCGAGCCAGCACUGCCCUCCUCAAAGGUAAGUAUCUCUGGCAUGUGUUCCUUUCUAGGUAUGCGGAUCUUGCUUAUAUGCCGCUGGUGUCUUGGCUUGUGGAGGCAGGUAGGCCGGGUGUCUCGAAGUCGUUGCUCCCGGUGCUUUGAUGGCCUCAUGCUUGGUAUCAGAACGGAGCUGGGGUGAUUCACUGUAUUAAUGUGCAUAAAUAUCUGGCCUCAAGGCUGUGCAUAAGCGUUUUUAGUGCCGGUUUUUGGGGCUCGGGCUCAGAGCCAUUAUGAUCUGCUUCCAUGUGCCUUGGCGACCCCAGCCCCGCCUCCCAUACCGUUGUACUUUAACUUGACUUCAGUCAUGACUAUGUCCUGUCACCUGUCAUGCUUUUCAUCCAAUCUUUCCCAACAAUCCUUCAGUGUCUCCUUUCCUGGUAAGGCUUCCUUCCCUCGCCCUGUCUUGUCUGGAGUCCUCCAAGUCCUCUUCUUUCUUUAUUUUGCCCCAGCCCCGCCUCCCGUACCGUUGUACUUUAACUUGACUUCAGUCAUGACUAUGUCCUGUCACCUGUCAUGCUUUUCAUCCAAUCUUUCCCAACAAUCCUUCAGUGUCUCCUUUCCUGGUAAGGCUUCCUUCCCUCGCCCUGUCUUGUCUGGAGUCCUCCAAGUCUUCUUCUUUCUUUAUUUUGCCUCUCUUAGCAAAUUUAUUAGAUUGUUUUGAUUCCACCACUACUUGAUGUGAAUACCCAGAUAUACCUCUCCUCCCCUGAGCUGUCUCCCAAUGUCUGAGAAUGAGUCACCUCUCUUUUGUCCUCCUGCUUUGUAAAACUCAAUCUUUCUAAAACUGAGCUUCUAAUACUCCCUCAUUAUAAUAGUAAUCUACUGCUGCCGCGCUCCCUGCAACUUGAUGGUUUGCACAUCGGCCCAUUUUUACAAGGUCACUGCCUUGGUGUUAUCAUUAAUCCUGGCCCCACCUUUAAAGGACCACUGUAGGCACCCAGACCACUUCAGCUUAAUUAAGUGGUCUGGGUGCCAGGUCCAGCUAGGGUUAACCCUUUUUUUCUAUAAACAUAGCAGUUUCAGAGAAACUGCUAUGUUUAUAUUAGGGUUAAUCCAGCCUCUAGUGGCUGUCUCAUUGACAGCCGCUAGAGGCGCUUGCGUGCUUCUCAUUGUGAUUCUCACAGUGAGAAGACGCCAGUGUCCAUAGGAAAGCAUUGUGAAUGCUUUCCUAUGAGACUGGCUGAAUGCGCGUUCGGCUCUUGCCACGCAUGCGCAUUCAGCCGAGGAGGAGGAGAGCUCACCACCCGGCGCUGGAGAAAGAGGUAAGUUUAACCCCUUCCUCACCAUAGAGCCCGGCGGGAGGGGGACCCUGAGGGUGGGGGCACCCUCAGGGCACUAUAGUGCCAGGAAAACGAGUAUGUUACACUGGCUUUCUGUACCCUAUUCAAUCAAUAUAUUAACUCUUUUCAAAUAAUUUUUAUUGAACACAUUUUAUAAAGAUACAACAAAAACUGUAUUUUGGAACAAUAUUCUAAACAAUUAAAAUAUGUUGUAAAGUAAGUAGGAACAAUAUAUUUAACAACUCAACAACUCUACCUCCCACUACAUUUCUUAACUAAUUCAUAGGCAGAUCCCUUCUCAGCAACUCUGCCGUGCCAGUGUCCAUCUCCUGUCGCCUGCUUGUACCUGUAUUGCUAACUCACUAACUGCCGGGACUUCUCACAGACAGCUCUAUUCUUAUAAAACAGUUUGCCAUCCCCCAAAAGAUACCUAUUUCACUUAAUUGAUGAUAGGCAACUCUCAGAAUAUCAUUAAUGCCUUUUUGAGGUCAUGUUUAAGGCCUCUGACUCAAACAGAAGAAGAGGGGCAGAGCUGAUAGGUGUGAGACUGAAGAAAUUGGGGUUUAACUAUUUGUUAACAGUUUAACCUCUGAAGGCAGGUCUUCUGGGACCUCCUCACACUAUAACAACUUAAUUCCGAUAAAGUUGACAUGGUGCUUAAAAUGUCCCUUUAAACGCCCUCUAAAGUCACCCAUAUCAGUUUGUCUCAAGUGGUCUGAGUGCGUUGGUCCUGUAUGUUCACCCCUCGAAGAUAAAACAUUGCUGUUAUGUUGCGGGAGUUGGAGAGGUAAGUAUUGCAGAGGGAAUACUUACUCAGUGCUGAAAAAAGGUAAGUAAAACCUUUAUGUUAUUUUAUUUUUAUUGCACACAGAGAGGGGGCUGUAUAUAACUAGGAACAGGGAUGCUAUACUAUUAGGAACACAGGUUUGUAUUCCUAAUAUUAUAGUGUUAAAGAGAUUUACUAUAAUGUGCAAAACUCUAUAAAGUAAAUACUAUAGAGUGACACCUAGUGGUGACUAUUAAGUAAGCAACUGUACACUAAAGACAAUAGGUCCUAAAACAGUUUAGCUGUAGAAACCACUUGCAGAUCUAGCAGCUGUACGGAGGUGAUUAUCUUGGAAUUACAACAGUCAAAUCCUCACAGCCAGUGGCUGAUUAUAUAAGGUUAUGCGACUUGUAAUAAACUGACUAAUUACAUUUUAUAGGUCCUGGAAAUCAAUGAAUACCAGCGUCGCAGGUUUGCGUCCCGCAUUGUAAGCUGCCUUUUUAAUAAUGUAGCUGACAAGAAGAUAGCUCUGCUUGGAUUUGCUUUCAAGAAAGAUACAGGAGACACAAGGUAAUUGUCACAUUUUUUGAUCACAAGACAUUUUCAAUAGAAGGUUCAUAAUCAAUGACCACUAUAUUAAUUUAUAUUUUAUUUCUUAAUUUUCUUGAUUUCAUUGUACUAAUAAUACAUUGUUAUAUCAUGCAAGGGUAAAGAAACAGACUAAUUAAUGUGUGAAAUAUUCAACCCUGUUAUAAUUUUCAAAUUUAACCAGAGUUGUUUCAUGGAGUCAAACUCCAUGAAACAACAGGAAGCACCUCUACUGGCUGUCUGGGAGAUAGUCACUAGAGGCAGUCUUAGCCCUGCAAUGUAAACAUACCAUGUUCUCUAAAACUGCAAUGUUUCAUAUUGCAGGGCUCAGAGGACAGAGACACUGCACCCAAGCCGCUUCAAUGAGAUGAAGUGGUCUGGGUGCUCAUAAUGUCACUUUAAAGAGGGAUGGAACAUUCAGCACGUCAUGCACUCCAUGUAAAUUAAGAAAGUACUGUAAAACUUGAGUGCAAAAUGACAUCAGUGACUGUAAAGAAUGCCGCCCUAGAUGUCUUAUUUAAAGGUGUUUUAAAAAACAGAACCAAACAAAAAAACAUAAGCUACUGUGGUUUUCUGAACAUGAACCAGUUCUACAUAUUCUUUGUAAUAUUUGAUGCAAAAAAAAAAAUCAUGAUUUUAAUAAACCUAAUUCGGAGUGUGUAUGCCAACUGACCCGGUGUUGUUUUUAAAGGGAAUCGUCCAGUAUUCAUGUGUGCAAAUAUCUCAUGGAUGAAGGGGCUCAUCUAUCGAUCUAUGAUCCAAAAGUAACAAAAGCCCAAAUUAUACGGGAUCUUUCUCAUCCAUCUGUAACGGGGGACAAUCCAGAGAGAGGUAUAAUCACCAUGUUAACUGAUUCUAGAGCUAUCAUCUUCUUACAGAGAUAUGUAAAGGAUGAUUAUGGCUGAAAGUGACAUUACCUCCAUUAUAUAUAUAGUGUAAAAAAAUGAAUUCUAUGUCACAGUGUGAUUGUCAAAAAGUACAAUUAACCAUGGACAAUUACGUACUGUGUGGCAAUGCAUCCCCACCUCUGUCCCUCACAAUCAUAUUUCUUUACAUUUUGAGGUCCUUCAAAGGAGGUAAUAGAAUUUAGGAAAGACAAACAAAGGGAAAUGGGUUAGGAGAGACACAAAGUAGUAAGAAGUGUAUUUUUAAUUUUCGAUUUCAUAGGCCUUAUUACCUCUUUGCUUCGCUGCUUAGUCUCAUUCCAUCCACUUUAGGAGAUGCAUUUUCAUAACUUUUUACUCUCUCCUCUUCUGUCUUGUGCUUUCCUAUAUAUUUGCAUCCCUUUUUCUCUCCUAUGUUCUUUUUAUUAUAUAUCCUCAUGUAAUCUUCUUGUGACCUCCCUACAGUUAUAUGAGGGUCAUAGUGAACCACAUAGGCUUUUUUUUCUUUUUUAAAGGGCUACUCAAACCACCAUAACGACUUCUGCUUUUAGAAGUGGUAAUAGUGGCACAAGUCUGUAUGUGCAGAUUUGCUUGUUGUUGGAUUCCGGGUAAGUUUAUAACUUAUUUAAUAGGUUUUUAUAGAGGAGCUUAAUUACCAAUGUACAAUAGUGCCUUGUAGAUGAAAACAAAAUUCAUGAAAUUUUAUGAAAAGGGGUUAAAAUAACGGUUUAACUUUUAAAUGUGGCAACUGUCUAGCAAGCACUGGCAACUGCUGCAUCGGUUAAACCUCGCAUGGUCAAGGUUUUUUUUAAAACUAUUUGCCCACUGUGAGUGUUACCAAAUAGUCAAGAUUUUUAAAAGUCAGGGCCCGGGCUUGUCUUUUUCCUCAUGCUUUGGUGUAAAUUCACCAUGUAGCCUUGUCCUCUUACAUCUGUAAAUCUUAUGUCACAUGUCAACUACCCCUGGUCAUGAAUUAAGUUAAAGAAGUGCUUACUUCAACAUGUAUUAAAUAUCAUACAGCUGACAUUUUUGUUGAUUUUUUUUUUUUACCAUUACCCUCAAUGUCUGUCACUCUCUGUUUGAUGAUGUAGUGUCUGAGUUGGUAACCAUCGCUUCGGAGCCAUAUGAAGCUUGUGAAAAUACACAUGCAUUGGUGAUUUGCACUGAAUGGGAUGUUUUCAAGGUACGAAAUUCUCAAAAUACAUAUUAAGGAGCAGCACACACACAAAAAAGUAAAAUACCUUUUUGAAAUCUUACAAGGCGGCUACUUAAAGUCACACACUUAGCUAACAAACAUGGGGAUUCAGUUACAUCACAUGGCCAUAUUGAGUUAAGCCCACCACUACUUUACAGUACCUCAAUAUCGGUGGGUCCUACACUAAUAUGUAAUAUGGUAGAUUAACAUGCUAACUGCAUUACUGACUGCAUAAACUGCUUCCAGAGACUCUCCCCAAAAUGAUGCUUUCCUGUGGUCACCUCCAAAAUGAAUGGGUGUAGUGCUCAGCCCAAUAGGUAUCUAAUCGGAUUCCGAAUAUACCAAGAAAAAAGGGGAAUUGGGGUGCACACUGUUAAAAGGCAUUUCUCAGUACUGGUGCUGCUGUUAAGAACAUAUCCACAAAUAAUAGAUUAAAGGAAGAGCGCACACACAGAAAAAAAAAUGGUUUUAAAUCUUACAAGGCUACUUAAAAUUGCCUGUCUAAGCAAACAAAUAUGGGGAUUCAAUUACACCAAAGGGAGGUGAUAUUAUCAAUCAUGAUUCCUAGUAUGUGAUGUUUCUACAUUAAAAAUUAAAUUGAAUGCACUUCUUUUUACUAGGAUCUAGACUACCAGAGAAUUUACGGGAAAAUGUUAAAACCUGCCUUUAUUUUUGAUGGGAGAAGAGUUUUAGAUGGUUUACAUAAGAAACUACUACAAAUUGGUUUCCAGGUAUGGCUAAUUACUUGCAUGAAAAAUGUCUGCUUGUAUAGAUCUUUCCCUUUCCACAUUUCACAGUCAGCUUAUAAUAAGUGUAAAAUCACCUAUGUCUCUGUGUGUGACUUUGUCUGUAUACAUGCCAGUGAAUGUAUUUACGGUCUGUGUGUGUAUAUAAUGGACAACAGUGACUUUGUAGUAUGUGAAGAUAAUACCAGUUAGGGGUUCUGGAAACAUCAUAUACAAAUUAAAUUCCUCCAGAAUUCUGAGUUUAGUUUUCCCUAUUACACACUUUGCUAUUAUUUUAUAUUACAUCAUUUCAAAUGGACUGUAUAGGUGCCCAGACCACUUCAAGUCAUGAAAUGAUCUGGGUGCCAUGUCCCCCUGUUUAUCCUGCAGCUGAAAAUGUUUUCAUUAAGGGGUUAACUUGCCUCUAGUGGCUGACAGCCAUUAGAGGAGCUUCAUAGAAAUAGUAAACUAACACAUCUGAUAGGCGCUGUGCAGCAUUCUGCUGAGCAUGUAAACUAGCCUUGCAUUGGAUUGGCUGAGAUCAUUCACUGCGAUGAUCUCAGCCAAAGAGAUGGAGCUUCAUGUUGAAGACCAGUGUUGCAAAGGAUAAAAGGUAACUAAAAUCCCUUUUUUAACCCUGGUAGCAGGGGUCCUGUCAUCUAAACAGGGACUGUGACACUAUAUUGUUAGGGUUACAAAUUGAAGAUUAUACUAGCUUUAGUGUACUAAUAAUCUUAAUUUAAAAUAAUGACAGGAGGAGAGUAUUUUGCAUUAUCUUCCUUUACUACUCCAUAGCAGCAAAGACAUAUAGAAAAAAAUGAACCAAUCAGAGACAGGCAGAGAGUAUAAGAUACACCUACCACUGAGUCACUUCCUUUUGAUAACAGCGACAUCACAAGUCACACUAAAUGAAGAACCAUACGGAAUAAAGAAAACAGUUCCAAUUCCAAGAACGAUGAAGAACGGCUGUAUUCAAUUCAAAACUGGCAAGAUCUCUUUGCGUCUGGCAAGAUCUCUUUGCGUCUUUUAGGCUGAAAGAGCCGAGAGCAUUUUAGGGAUAUGAAAUGUAAACCUGAACAAUGAGUCACAUGAAAGAUGCACAAUAACAGAGUUCUAUCACAAUCUAUCGUGAGCUAUAUAAAUUAACAUAUGUACAAUAAUAUUAGUAACCUAAUAUAGAAUAUCUAUACAUAUAUCAACUCUAUAUGAAAAACAACCCCAACUUUCCAUCUAGAGUGAAUAGAAUCAACUAAGUGGUCAUAAGAGAACGACCAGUACCAUAGUAAUAACAUCCAUAACUUACCCGAGUAUGCGAACCCACCUGAAUGGGAGGGAAAAUCAAAGGGGGGGGGAAAUACUCACUUCCUGUCAUUAUUUUAAAUAAACAUUAUGAGAAUACUAAAGCUAGCAUAAUCUUACAUUUUAUUACAUGACAGGAGGCUUUAUAUUUUGCAGUUUUAACACUAAGGCAAUAGAUAAAAAUGGCAUUGGAGGACGGGCGAAAGUAAAAACAUCUGAAAGGUGGACUCUCAUGGCCAGUCGAACCGAAUGCGCGCUGUAGGAUGGGUCAAUUCCGGCGAGAGAUAAAAGCCAUCGUACCAAGCGGGACAAGGUGGUAACUGAAACUGGAUCAUGUGGCUUAACGUAGGACACUAAUAAUUGUCGGGAUGAGGUCGAUUGUAGCGUGGCCGCAGCUGUUACAUAGGCGUGUAGUGUCUGGACCACGUAAAGUUGGGGUUUCGGAAAAAUUGGAUUUAAAAAAAAAAACAUGAUGUUGAGUCCGACUUGGUGCGUCAAGACAACCGAAAGGUGUCACCAUCAGGAGAAAACGAGAAGGCAUCCACAUCGAUUGCCCUUAUGCCCGUACAAAAGAAGGGUAAACUUCGCUGUCAGUUGUCUUAAAGACAACUUGUCGUUAGAAGGCCACGCCUUGAUGAAAUGAAGAACUUGGGCCACAUCCCAAAGGAAGGAAUAUUUCGGUGCAGGGGCUCUACGUAACUGAAUGCCGCAAAGUAUUCUACAAACCAAGGGAUUCUGACCUAUCGGUUUCCCUUGUAAUGGGGUGUGAGCCGCUGAAAUCGCAGAGCGCACAACAUUGAUGGACUGGUAGGACUUACCUUCCGAGAACAGGAAUGCAAGAAAGUCCAAUAUGGAGGAUACAGAGGCGGUAAAAGGAUCGAGCUUCCAUUCCAUACACCAAUUGACCCAUGAAUUCCAAGCUGAGAGGUAACACUUCCUCAUUCCAGGAGCCCAUGGAGUCCCAGCUGUUGACGAUAAGUCAUCGGUGCACCAAGCACCCUUGAAAGAAUCCAGGCUACUACAGAGAGAUGUCCUUCUUGUAGCAUGGGAUGAGGACUCCCAUGGGAUCUGUGAACAUCAUCUGAUCGUCUGGUAAUAGCAGUGGAUCCUUGUAUGACAGUGCAAGGAGAUCUGGGAACCACGGUUGACUCUGCCAUCGGGGCAUCACCAGGAGAAUUGCCACUUCCUGCAGUCUGAUGUGGUGAACCACUUUCGCGAUCAUCGCCAAUGGUGGAAAUGUAUAAGCUCAUUUGGUCGGCCAUGACUGCAGGAAUGCAUCCACCGCUGCACCCUCUGGGUCUGGCGACCAACUGUAGAAAAUUGGUAGUUGGCGGUUUGUGCGGGAUGCGAAAAGGUCGAUCAUGAGCGGACCUCUUAGGUUGUUCAGUGUUGCAAAUAUGUGUGGAUCUAGAUGCCAAUCGCUGCUGUCCCUCCAGUGUAGAGAGAACUAGUCUGCUGUCAGAUUGGUUUCUCGUGGAAGAUGUUCCGCCAUCAAUGUGAUAUUGCGUGGUAGGCAAUAGUCGAAGAUUUCCUUUGUGAGAUCCGUCAGUGUCUGAGAACGAGAUGCCACCUAAGUGGUUGAUGGAACGAGCUGCGGAUAAAUUGUCCAUGCGCAGUGGGAUACAGCAAUCGGAUCUCCCUUUCGCUAGACUUUGGAUAGCAAGGCAAUUGAUGUGUAGGGCAAGUUCUUCUGUGGUCCAAACUCCGCCCGUGGCUGUCUGUCCAUCGGUGGCACCCUUACCCCAUCGACUUGCAUCCGAUUGCAGAAUGAAAUCCGGCCAUUUGCCGAAGAUGGGCCUGCCAUUCCAUGCCUCCAUCCAAUCGCGCCACCAUCGAAAUUCCUGUUGGACUUCUUCCGUCAUGGGGACCGGUUGUUCGUAAGUGGGGUUUUUCCAAAGGAAACAAGCUUUUAGCCGUUGCAUGGCUCCAUAGUGCAGGGGGCCUGGGAAGAUCGCCUGGAUGUAGGAGGAUAGUAGUCCUACGAUUCGUGACAGCAGUCAGUGGGAUUGAAUCCCAACGUAGUAUCUUCCAUAUCUCCUUGCAUAUUGUCGCGACUUUGGUAAUUGGAGGUCGGAGUGUACAUGACAGGGAGUCGAUGUCGAACCCCAGGAAUUGCACACAUUGAUUUGGAGUCAGUGUUGACUUUACUCAAUUGACCAGGAAGCCGAGGGAUUCCAACACGGUCACUGUGUAAUCUGUAGUUGAAAGUAGUUGGUUCUGGUCGAAGAGUAAAAUGUCUUCCAGGUAAAUCAGGCACCGUAUGACUUGUCCCCGUAAGUGAGCCAUCACUGGUUUCAGAACCUUCAGAAAGCACCAUGGUACCAAGCUGAGCCCGAAGAGGAGGCAAGUGAAUUGCUAUGGUGUCCCCAUCCAGAGGAAUCGUGAGGAGGGACGACUGCUGUUGUCUACUGGUACAGAUAGGCGUCUUAAGUCCAGUCGGGUAAACCAGUCUCCUCCUUGCAGGAGAUCCCGUAAUAGAUGGAUACCUUCCAUCUUGAAAUGGUGGUAUGAGACAUGUGUGUUGAGGUCCUUUAAGUUGAUUACCGGGCGGAAGUCUCCGGUUUUCUUCCUUAUGAGGAAAAUAGUGCUGAAGAAUCCCCCUGGGGUCUGUGCAGGUUCUAUGGCUCCUUUUGUUCGGAGGGGUUGUAGUUCCCGUUCCACUUACCUGGUGUCUGCUGCUGAAAAAGGCAGCGGACGUGGAGGGUGAAGUUGUACAGGAGUAGUCUCGAAUUUGAUGCAAUAACCACGAACGGUCUGCAAAAUCCAGGAGUUCAAAGACAGUUCUACCCACUUCAGGAAAAAAUAAGAAAGGCAGGGGAUGCCGUGGUCAUUACAAUAGGUGAAACAGGAAUAAAACUGAGUCUUACCUGUUUAAAAACUUACGCUGGCUCGUCCACAGCCUCUAUUGGAGCUCCUCGAGUACUGGAAAGGCUGUUAACCACCCACUUCCGGAUAGAAGGGUGGAGGACGUGUGUAUCUGGAGCCUGAAGGCCAGAAACGUCUGGCGGCAUGGCCCCUCUGCCAACCAGCACGUCCAAAAACCCCUCGUGUGGUGUUGCCACAGAAUACCCUGCGCAUUGAGAUUUGCACUUUAUUAAGGGAUGUAAACACAUUGAUGUAUUUGUUCUUUCAUGAUUGGUCCACUGAAUAAUUUUCCUUGUGUCUGUGGGCCCAAUUCCUUGGCCCCGAGGUCUACCAAUUUGCCAGCAAUUCAGGAUAAGGCUGCCCAGCGUCUCUUCGAAGAGAGGGCCACAUUUGUGUUACCCAGAAAGCAAAAACAUCUCUGGGCCCAUUCACGAAUAUCGUGCACCCAGUUGCGCACAUUGCCUGCUGUAAAGGAGUCGGCCUGAGUGUAUGCCUCAUCCGCUAGGGUCAUAACCCAGGCAAGCGGCCUGAUAGCAUUGAGGAGCUUACCCUGGGUCCCUUUCUCAACCCCUUUCCUUGGGUCUCUACACCCUCGUCCCUCAUCUGGUCAAAUUCUAGUGUAUAUGUGACCUUAUCUGGGAGUGAAGGUCUGGGGCACUCUGAUCUCAGCUGCUUGCGGACCUCCUUGUCCAGUGCCUUACGUAGUCAGAAGUGCAGUAAGGAGAUGAGGCAGUGGUGUCCAAUCUCCCGUGCGUGGGUGACUAAUGUUUCUCGGGUCAUACAUGUGUUGGCCUGUGGUGUCAAGAAAGAGCUCGCCAUCACCCACAUCACCCACAUGCUGAUGCUCACCCAGAAAGGUCUCCUUCACAAAGGAGUUGGAACCCCGACUCCCAUCAUCAGAAUGGGAAUCUUCUGCUUGCCACCCAUCGAGAACUGAUAGUGAUGGUGGGACAUCCUGCUCCUCGUCCAAGGAAGCGUCAUAAGUUGGAGGGUUCACAGGCCUUGUACAUUUUCCCUUCUUUAGGGGAGCCUUACCCUUAGUGGGUUUUGACUUUGACCCUUCGACUUUCCAAUGGCAUUUAGCAGGGCAGCAUUGCCCAUUAGAAGAGGAGUCGGACUUAUCCGAGAUGUCUCACUGUUGGGAGUGUUUAAUGGACGCUUUGGAGGUGUCUUGAGUGGCUGGUAACGCCUUGGCUAAGGAGUUUAAUGCCUGGAGGUCUGAGGGCAUCUGUGAGUCUUCUGUCAUUAACACUCGGUAUACUUGGGGUUCACCCAAAUGAUUAGUGAGUAAAUAGGCAAAUUGGUAGCAGGGACUGCUAAGUGGGUAUAUAUGCGAUCAAGUAUGGUGGUCAAGUAUGCGAUCCACAGUAAUGUUUGUAGAAUCAAAGCUGUGGCUCACCCAUAUAAAAGAAGGCUGCAAGCACAGCUCCACUCGGCAGCUCAGUAUAUGGGGUCUCACCUAGAGGCGGGUUAAUGGGUAUGAACCUGAUCGGUUCAUACCCUUAUCAGGUUAGUACGAACCUUAACAGGUCCCUGUUACAGGCAAGGUGAACAGAAACCAAUUUCUGCACCGAUUCCACACCUGAAUUCCGAGCAAAGCAAAAAAAAACAACUAUCCUGAUUAACUCCUAACAACCAACAAGGGUUAAAAUGACUGCCGCGGCUCUCGCAAGAUGAGAUCCAAAAUGGCCGCGAAAAAGGCAGCGAAAUGCGUUCACAGGAAAUCUGAAAUACAGCGAACAGAGACAACCAUAGGCGUACGCACGGGGUGUGCUGGGUGUGCCUGGGCACACCCUAAUCCCCGCGGCCCGCGCUAUGUGCCUCCAUGGGCCGGUGAGGGAGAUCAAAGAAAGAUCUCCCUCACCGGCCCACAGGCAGAAAGGGAGGCAGGAGAGGACCCGCGGAGCUCUAGCCAGCAGCUCCGCCAGGUUCUUCUCGCGAGGUCGGAGCAUUGGCGUGGCAAUGCUCAGACCUCGCGAAAGAGAACUCUAGCAACGCAGGCUAGACUUCACUCACCAGUGGACCACCAGGGAUGGCAGCAGCAUGGUCCCCCCUCCCUACAAAAGGUAAGAUGGGAGGUGGGCUAUUUCCUAAACGGUAUCGCCCACCCCCACAAACAAAAUAUACACAAACAGCACACACACACGCAGCAUCCUUACACAUACAACACCCUUACACAUACGCACUAACAGCACCCUCACACACAUACAGCACUCCCCCACACACUAAAAGCACUUCCACACUUCCGCCUAUGGACAGAACAGUAAUGUAGGGAAAAAAUGAACUGAGAUAAAACGAACACAGAAAAACUCGAAUGAGUACGUUCGCGAAACGAACAACCCAAAGGGAAAACUACAGUAUGCUGAGGGUUGUCUGUUCGGGAGUAGAACGUCCCAAAAGGCUGAACCAGGAAGGAAUACGGGUUCGGUAGAUUGAAGGACUAAAACAGGCAUAUGCGAAUGCACGAACCCAUGCGAACCAUGAACACCUGACAAAAAAUACAAACCGCUGACCGCGUAUAGAUAUACGCGUUCGGUAGAUUGAAACUAAGUGAGUAGACUGAGGCGAGCACACGAAAGCAAGCGAAUGCAGCCUGACAAGCGGGAAAUCUCAACAGCACCACACGCCCUCCCUGACAAUAGCGUGUGGUAGUGGGAGAGUGCCUGUGAAGUGGUGAGCGUAGCCACAAGGAGAACAGGGUAGUGGGGUAUCAGAAAAGAGAGCUGGUCAGAAGAGGUUGGUAGGGUUUAAUAGGGAUAAUGUAGCUUACACGGACAAUCCCCAAAGUCUACACCGUACUAAACAAAAAACAGCGUCCCCACUAUCAUGUAGAAAAUCUAACAUAAAUACAUAUCCAGUAUGAAAAAUAAAGAAAUCAAUCAAUAUAAGUAAAUAUAACAAAACAAACCAACAAAGUGUAGACACACAAUAUUCUGACCUGACUUGUGAUGGUGCAGCAAAGAAAGAGGAAGUGACUCAGUGGGAGGUGUAUCUUAUACUCUCUGCCUGUCUCUGAUUGGUUCCUUUUUUUCUAUAUGUCUUUGCUGCUACAGAGUAGUUAAGGAAGAUUAUGCAAAUUAUGAAACCUCAUGUCAUGUAAUAUAAUUUGUGUUCCUAAUGCUAUAAUGUUCCUUAAAGCUAAAGCUUAGUGUCAGUGUAAGGUAAUGUAAGGGGUUAAUUGUUAGUGUAGUGUGUAAGGGCAGCGUAGUGUUUAAAUGGAUGGAUUUAUUGCAAUAGCAUAAUUAAGAUAUACAUGUUUCAGUGUUGUCUGAGAUUAGUGUGAGUUAGAGUUCCUUUGGAGCUUUUCAAACUACUUUCAGUCAAAUGAAACUAAUUUGAGUUAAUGGAGCUGUUAUGUUCAUAAUUACCUGUUGAUUAUGGAGAUUAGUUGAAUGGAUGAUGUCACCAUCUGUGCAGUAAAUGAUUCUAAAACACAAUCUGCCUAGUGAAAUAAUGGGCACAUCCGAUAGCACCAAUGAUUUCUGAAAUAUUGCAGUGUCUGUAUUACAUACAAAAUACCAUAGAUUUAGCUUUUUCAUAAGAGCCUUGGCUUGUUCAUUUUCACUUCUCGUUAUCAUUUUUUAUAAAGUUAUUUUUGUUCAAAAUGGUUUUGUAUCGUGUUGGGUAUAUAUUACAUUUAUAUUCUGAAUAGACUUGGAGAGCUCCUGUUCUAAGGAAAAUUAUUCUUGUCGUUCUAGGUAGAAACCAUAGGUAAGAAGAUAUAUCAGAUUUCUGCACCAACAGCUCGUGUUCCCAAUCCUGAGAGACCAAAAACUACACCUGCAAAGAAAGUUCGAAUAUAACUUCCUGCAUGGAUUCUUUAUAUCGCCCCAAUGCUUAAAUCACACCUACCGCCUACAAGCAGACACUAUAUAUUGUAAAUACCUAUUUUUAUAUCACCAUUAAAUUUCACAAUAAGUUUAAUCUGUACAAAUAAAAUUAUAUGAGAGAUUGUUAUCUUACUGGUAACUCCUGUCCAUGUCCAGCUUCACAGAGC